AUGUCACUCGUGUUGGGACUAUUCACUGUUGGUGUGAUAUUGUUCUUUUAUAAUUUGUUAUGUAAGGACGCUAAACCCAUUUUUGGCAUAUAUGCCGUGCCGGGAAAGUGGUAUUAUUUGAAAUAUGUCUUGUUUGCGAGCCUCUAUUAUUUUAGAAAGUAUGCAAGCAAAACCUCUACGGCCGACACACAAGGUGAUGCAGGCCAGGGCCGCAAAGCUAUAGCCGAUGCUUCCCUUAUGGAAAGGGCGCAACCGUUGAGCGACGAUCCUAAGGCUUUCGAUGCGGUCUUCUUCAUUUCUUCAAAGGCCGAGUCAGACAAAGGGGUGUACGUAAUCGCUGGUUGUGAACGUAGACCGUUGGGAAUGUGCAAUGGACUGUUCUACAUCGGGUUACCGGGUAAAGGGCUGUUAUGCAGCAAGAAGAUACCAGAUACAGUUCUGUUUGGAGCGCAAAUUGGAGAGUUCGGUGCUGAAGGUCUCAAAAUAACGCCUGUUUCACCUAUGGCCAAGUGGACUGUGUCCUACAAAGGAGAAAUGAGAUAUCAAAGCAACCCUGAGAAAAUUGUUGAAGUAGAUUUCUUCGGCGAGUGGAGUGCGACGAGCAAGCCUUUCGACUUCGACAGUGAUCUGUACCCGCCAGCGGUCAUCAGGUCCAUCGCCAAGGAGAAGUGGAGGAGGCAGUACUUCAAAGGACUUAAAACGGCCCACCAAUCUCACUAUGAGCAGUUCGGGGCAUUGAAGUGUAAAUUCAAAAUCGACAACGAGUCCUUUGAGUUCACGCUACCUUCCUUCAGAGAUCACAGUUUUGGCCAUAGGCGAGAUUGGACCCUGAUGCACCGGUACGCAUUCCACCAUAUGUUCCUGGAGAAUGGCAUCAACAUCUGCGUGGGAGUCAUCUGUCAACCUUCUACAGCUUCUGUUUUCGAAGCGGGUUGGAUAUCCUUGCCGAACGGUGAAGCUCAUCCGAUAAAGUCAGUAGACCUGAAGCUAUAUCAGCAUGGAGAAAACGGCACAGCACCAAGGGAUUACGCAUUCACCUUCCUGGCCGGUGAUCAGGAGUAUCAUGUACAGGUUCUAGUGGAAUACGAAUCCAUUCACUACGUAUCCUCAGACUGGGAUGCUCGCAUGUGUGAACGGUUCUGCAAAUUCAUCGUCAACAGUGUGCCGGGUCGAGGAGUGUCAGAGUUUCACUACAGACACAAAGACGGAAGACCGGAAAGCGUUGCAAAGAAUGACCCCGAGUGGUAUAGGAAGAUGUGUCACGAAAUUUAG